AUGGCCCGAUCUGUCAAUGAGCCGCGCGAGAUUACCUCGCAGGAUGCGAACAAUGGCGGUGUUCUUGGUGAGAAGCGCGACGUCAUGACCGAGGUGCACUACGAUGAUGAGCUGGAACGCACCCAAACAUUUGAAGGCCACCUCAACGCCACGGAAGAUGAUAUUCUCGAGGCCAAAGAGGUCGCAGCCUCCAUGAGCCUCGAGACGGUCCAAAAGAUGAUGAGAAACGUGAUUCUCAUCCACGAUGGUGAUCCCAACUUUCCCUUUGUGACUCUCCAGAAGAUCAAGGAGUUCCUCGGUAUGUUGCCCAUCCCCCCCCCGGUCCCAACAUACCAGCUGUUUACUCACCCGCCCCAAACAGCCAAGGAGGACAUUGCCGACAACUCGGAAAAGCACGAGCGGCUGAUCCAGGAGAUGAAGCUCGAGGCGGCGCUCAUCACCAACAACAGCCCGUACGCCGAGGUCCGGGCCGUCGUGGACAACCACGACGACGCCACGCUGCCCGUGUCCACGAUCCGGGCCUGGACCAUUGGCAUCCUCUUCUCCGUCUUCCUCGCCUUUGUCAACCAGCUCUUCAGCAUCCGCUACCCGUCGAUCCGCUUCGACACCAACGUCGCGCAGCUGCUGGCCUACCCGCUCGGCAAGGCCUGGGAGCGCUGGAUGCCGCGCGCCGACAUUCGCCUGCCCUUUGGCCGCGGCCUGACGAUCCCGCUCAACCCGGGCCGCUUUAAUAAGAAGGAGCAUAUGCUCAUCGCCAUCAUGGCCAACACCUCCCGCAGCGUGCCCUACACCGCCUACAUCGUCUGGGUCCAGGUCCUGCCCCAGUACUUCAACCAGGCCUAUGCGCGGUCCUUUGGCUACAUGUUCUGCAACGCCUUUGCCACCAACUUUAUCGGAUACGGCCUGGCCGGCCUGACGCGCAAGUUCCUCGUCUACCCGUCGUACUGCGUCUGGCCGUCGUCGCUCGUCACCAUCUCCCUCAACUCGGCGCUGCACAACGAGGAGAACCACAGCGUGCUCGGGCCGUUCAAGAAGAUGUGGAACAUUUCGCGGUACAACUUCUUCCUCGCCACCUUUGCCGCCAUGUUUGUCUACUUUUGGUUCCCCAACUACAUCUUCUCCGUGCUCUCGUACUUUAGCUGGAUGACGUGGAUCGCGCCCGACAACCUGCACCUCGAGAUCUGGACGGGCAUGAAGAAUGGCCUGGGGCUCUUCAACCCCGUGCCGACGUUUGACUGGAACAUCAUCUGCUUCACCACGGACCCGCUCAUGAUCCCCUCCUUUGCCACCUUCAACGCCGUCGGCGGCAUGUUCAUCACCGGCUUCCUCAUCGCCGCCGUCUGGUACACCAACACCUGGAACACGGGCUACCUGCCCAUCGUCUCCAACCGCCUCUAUGACCACCACGGCAAGCUGUACAAUGUCUCGCGCACGCUCGACGCCCACGGCAUGUACGACGAGGCCAAGUACAAGGCGUACUCGGCCGCGUACAUGACGGCCGGAAACUCCCUCGUGUACGGCUUCUUCUUUGCCGUCUACGCCGCCAUUGUCACGCACGUCAUCCUCUACCACCGGUAUGAGCUCGUCAUGGGCUUCAAGAACCUGUGGCACGGCUUGAAGUGGACGAAGAAGAAGGGCAGUGCCGCCAGCACCGCCGCCACGGUGGACGGAGCUGCCGACGACACGAUCCGUGCCAACGAGGGCCAGUACCAGGAUGUUCACAACCGUCUCAUGGCUGCCUACCCCGAAGUGUCCGAAUGGUGGUACUUUGGCGUCCUCGUCAUCUCCAUCGUCUUUGGUAUUGUCGGCAUCUCCGUCUGGCCCACCUACACAUCCGUUGGUGUCGUCUUCUAUGGUAUUCUGCUAUGCCUCAUCUUUGUCAUCCCUGUUGGCAUUGUGGCCGCCAUGACCGGCAUCGAGGUGACUCUCAACGUGCUCGCCGAGUUUAUCGGCGGCAUGAUUGUCGAGGGCAACGCUCUCGCCAUGAACUUCUUCAAGUCGUACGGCUAUGUCACCUGUGCCCACGCAGUCUCCUUUGCCACCGAUCUCAAGAUUGCCCACUACGUCAAGAUUCCUCCCCGCAUUACCUUUGCCGGCCAGCUGGUCGCCACCCUCAUUUCCACUCUUGUGUGCACCGGCGUCCUCAAGUUCCAAAUCGAGCUUAAGAACGUCUGCCAGGAGAACGCGCCUAUGCGCUUCCUCUGCCCCGGUCCCAACACCUUCUUUACCGCCUCUGUCCUCUGGGGCACCAUUGGUCCCAUCAAGGUCUUUGGCAAGGACGGCCAGUACCGCUGGCUCCUGCUGGGCUUCCCCAUUGGCAUUCUCCUCGUGCUGGCCUGCUGGGGCCUCAAGAGGGCCAUGCCCAACAACCGCGCACUCCGCCAGAUUCACAUCGUAGCCGCUAUCGCCGGCUCCCUGCACUGGACGCCGUACAGCUUCUCGUUUGCCUGGGGCGCCGUCCCCGUCGCCUGGUUCUCGUGGAUCUACAUCCGCAGCCGCUACCUCGCCUUCUGGUCCAAGUACAACUUUGUCCUCUCCGCCUCCCUGUCCGCCGCCAUUGCCAUCUCCGCCAUUGUCAUGAUCUUCUCUGUGCAGUGGGCCGAAAAGGAGAUUGAGUGGUGGGGCAAUAGUCAGGCCUCUGUCGGAUGCGAGAAGAAGGCCUGCACACUGCACCACCUCGCCCAGGGUGAGCGCUUCUACCCGUGGUGGGACAGCUCCAAGAUUCCGGCUCCUUGA